AUGGCUUCUGCAGGGCACCAGCAGCACUACCGCAGCCACAGCAGUGCUUCCAGCGGGUCGUUCAAUGAGGCUUCGUUCAAUGGGGCGCGCUCACCACACCUCGGCAACGACGACGACGACGACCACGCUCACGCCGCCUCCGACUCUGGGAUUACUGUCGCCGAGUUGAAGGCCAAUUGGAGACAGAUCCAGGAGCUUACACGAUGUGUCGGCUCGACGCUCGACGAGAGGGGGUGUGAUGCUGCGUUCAGGGAGUACGCCAAGGUCAAGGAGCACGCGGAGCUCUGCCGGUCUUUGUUGAGGCGGCGGCGGCGGCGGACGUCGUCCUCUGCGGACCGGGCGGUUGUCGAUCCGCGGUCACCGCUCAGCAGGAGGAAUCUGGCUCUGUCUUGGAACGUGGAGCCGGAUGAGGGAGAGGAGCAUUCGGAGGCGGCGCCAAGCCGCGAGGCGUGUUUGGCUGCGAUCCGGGAGUGGAAGACGUGCAUGGAGGCAGUGAUGGGCGCGCUGCGGGCGUCGCUGGCGGCGACGUAUCGUAGUCAUGAGCCCGGGGCCACGGCGGAGAUGACGGAGUCGUUGUUUAGGGACGUUGACUUUCGGGCGUCUGCGAUUCAGGAGAUGCGGAGGGCGAGGAUUGACGGCGGCGGCGGCGGCGGGGGGUUUUCGAGGGCGAAGUACGACGUGCGGUUUCGGAACCUGGACCGCAUGGAGAAAGAGGCCAUUGAGAUUGCGAGGGUGUUGCAGAGCGAGGAGGCCGGCUGCGGGUUCGAGGACGGGAGGGCGGGAGAGGUUGAGGAGGUGGUGAUCUCGGCGGCCGGGGACGCUGUGCUGGAGUUCAACAGCGGAGGGGAGGUGAGGAGGUUCCGGGUGUCGAGCGCGAUGCUGGCGGAGACGUCGCCCAUCUUUGAGCGGAUGUUCACGGGGCGGAGGCGGUUGGAGGUCGGCCCGGGCUGGGGCAAGGACGACGCGGACCUGGAGGGGGAGCUGCCGCCGCUGCCGCCGACGGAGGGGUUCGUGUGUGGGGACGGGAGCGUGGCGCGGCUGUACCGGAUGCCGCAGGCGGAGCGGGACGAGGAAGGGGCGCUGGGGAUUCUGCUUGCGGCGGCGCACAUGCGCAACGAGGCGGUGCCGCGGGAGGUGAGCUUCGCGCGGUUCGUGGCGGUGGCGGAGGCGUGUCUGCGGUACCGGUGUACGAGCCCGCUGGAGCUGGUGGUCGAGCACCGGUGGCUGCCGCGGUGGAUCCACAUGGGCAGCGAGGAGAUGCCGGACGGGAUGCUGGUGCUGUUUGCGCGGAUGAGCAAGACGGCGGUGUUGAAUUUGAGGAGUGAGGAGGAGUUGAGGGCGAAGAGGUGGCCUGAGAGGGUGAAGGAGAGGGUUUGGGGGGUGAGGGAGGUGAAGAUGGGACAGGUUGAGGGGGUGUGUAGGGAGGCUUUGAGGGAGUACUUGAGAGGUCCUGUAGGUGGUGGCGAGGAGGAGAACGGGGGUUUGAAGGGAGGCGUGAACGGUGAUAGGGAGAGGGGUUCGGCGGUGUUGAAAGGGUGGACGAGGUGUCCCAGGGGCAGUCAGGCGUGUGAUGCGAUAAACCUGGGGUGGUUGAUGCUUGUGUUCGGCGAGCUGGGGCUGUUGGGGACGGUCAUGAAGGAGGGUGUUCUUGGGGAUGCGAAGCGGCCGGACAGAAGUCUGGCGGAGCUCGUCGAGCUGUUGAGGCCCGUUGAGAGCCCACCGCAGGCUAUUCAUCGGGGAGGUCUGUGUGACCCGGCAUCAAGGCUGAGAGCCGCUGUUAGCGAUGUAUACAACAGUGUCUCUGGGCUGACAUUGUUUGAGGUCAGUGGACGGGCCCACGGAUGGGGAUUGAGUAGGCAUCGGUCCGGGGAGGUGCAGGCUGUUCUGCAGAGAGGGCUGAAGGUGGUUGGGGAGGUGAAUAGGCCCGAGGAGCUGAGGCGGGUGGAGGAAGACCGGGAGGCGGAGGAGGCGAGGGGUCAGUCUGGUGUCACGGAUGAUGUGAGGUUGAGGAUCCUGAGGGGUAUGGAGAGCGUGGAUGACUUACAUGCUGCCGCUCUGGCUGACAGGGCGUUUUAUCGGGUAUUCAAGGAGAACGAAGGGUUGUUGAUGAGGAGGUUCGUCAAGGCGCAUCGGAGGAAGACAUUGAUGAAGCUGACUAGCAUGGAUGUCAUUGGAGGCGGAGAGCAGAAGGCGAUGAAGGGAGAAGGUGACCCACUGAAGGUGGAACGGGAGGCUGAAGCCGAGGCAGAGGCUGCGACGAUCGUCGACGGACGCGCACGGGAACGUGAUGGGGUCGAUGAUCUGGUGCUGGGCUUCGGAGGGUUGGGCAUGGAGGACGAGGUGGAUGAGUUGGUCAGGGGGGUAGAGGUCCUCGGGGUCCGGGCGGACGAGAUGGAGAAGGUGCGGAAGGCCGCGGCCUCGGCGCCGCCUUUCCAUCAGAGGUCUAUGACCUGCGGCGACUUGACGACCGAGAGGAUGAGCGAUGAGGAGGUCCAGCGGAUACUGUGGCCGGACGAUCCUUUGCCCGUGGCCAUACGCCCGUCGGUGAAGGAUAUGAAGGAGAAGUUCAGGAGGAGCGAUCCUGCUUUUGUCGAGGAGAAGAUGCUGCUGGGAGUGGAAGGGAAGCAGCUGGGCAUUGACAGAGAUCGGAGGGUUGGUCUCGUGCGAGAUGGAGGGUAG